CGACCACCGUCUCUCCGCCGCUGCUAGGCCCAACUCUACCUCUCUAGGAUUUAAUCACACAGUAUCCAGCCCAUCAUGCCGCGCGCAGAAGUCGGAACCCCGAAGUACCUCGCCAACAAGAUGAAGGCCAAGGGCCUGCAGCGUCUGCGGUGGUACUGCCAAGUCUGCGAGAAGCAAUGCAGGGACGAGAACGGUUUCAAAUGUCACGCCCAGUCUGAGUCCCAUCUCCGCCAAAUGCUCGUCGUCGGGGAGAGUGCAGGGAAGCACAUCGCAGACUACUCCUCUCAGUUCCAGCACGACUUCGUCCAACUCCUCUCGCGCCGGUUCGGAACGAAGCGUGUCAAAGCGAACACGGUUUACCAGGAGGUCAUCCAGGACCGCUCCCAUCUUCACAUGAACUCCACCCGAUGGGUCACAUUGACCGAAUUCGUCAAACAUCUCGGCCGGACGGGAGUGGCACGGGUGGAUGAGACGGAGAAGGGCUGGUUCAUCGCUUGGAUUGAUAACAGCCCCAAGGCACUCGCUAAACAGGAGGCAUCCAUGAAGAAAGAGCGAAUGAAUGUCUCCGAUGAGCAGCGGGAGCGGACCCUCAUUGAGGAGCAGAUCGAACGCGCCGCUGCUGAGGCUGGAGCAUCCGGAUCCAAGCCUGAAGAGUCUCCCCCAGCAGAGGAGCUCGGGUUGAAGCGCGACGAGACCACCGAGAAGGUCGUCUUAUCUCUCACACCAAAGACUUCGGCCGCGGCCUCUUCGGGCAUCAAGCUCAACGCUCUGAAGCCUGCAGCGAACCCUCUCAAAGCGAACCCGCUCAAACGCCCUAAUGUAUUCAAGCAGGCUGCCGCAGCGCCCUCUUCCUCGCCACACUCGACACAGCCAGAGAAGAGCAACGGCAAGAAGAGGGAAGCGCCCAUGACCGCAGCUGAGCGCCUCAUGUCGGAGGACCAGGAGAGGAAACGACGGCGUAUGGAACGCGACGUAGCUGCAUAGGGCGGGCUUGCUUUUUUGGACACGGAUGGCUCUCUACGAUACGUGUAUCUCUAUUCUUCUCUCAUUAUGACAAUGUAUUCCUAUCGCUGGC